UGUCUAGGGCGAUGGGCGGGGUGCGGACGCCUUCGGUAUGGCAGUCCGCGGUCUUUCUCAGCCUUGGGCUUCCUGACACCUCCAGCAAGCGAGGUCUCUUGGGCCAGCUUCGCAGUUAUGUACCCACCGCCGCCGCCGCCGCCGGCGCCUCACCGGGACUUCAUCUCGGUUACGCUGAGCCUGGGCGAGAGCUACGACAACAGCAAGAGCCGGCGGCGGCGUUCCUGUUGGAGGAAAUGGAAGCAGCUUUCGAGGUUACAGCGGAAUGUGAUUCUCUUCGUCCUGGGCUUUCUGAUUCUCUGUGGAUUCCUGUAUUCUCUUCAGGCCGCUGACCAGUGGAAAGCUCUGAGUGGCGGACCUGCACAAAUAGAGAAGAUGAAGCUAGAAGUCCUGCCUGUCUUACCAGCUCCCCAGAAGGAAAGUGCUGAACCAGAAGGGUUUGCAGACAUGCUCUCUCAGAAGCGGCAAAGGCAUUUUCGGCGGGGCCCUCCUCACCUGCAGAUUAGACCUCCCAACACGGUCUCCAAGGAUGGGAUGCAGGAUGAUGCUAAGGAGAGAGAAGCAGCCCUGGGGAAGGCUCAGCAGGAAGAAAACACAGAGAGAACCGUCAUCAGCUGGCGGGGAGCAGUGAUUGAGCCUGAACAGGCCACUGAACUUCCUUCCAAAAGAGCUGAAGCCUCCAUCAAACCUUUGGUUUUGGGAUCCAAGAUAUGGAAAGAGCCAGCCCCCCCGAACGAGCGUCAGAAGGGCGUGGUUGAGGCCUUUCUCCACGCUUGGAAGGGCUACCAAAAGUUCGCUUGGGGCCAUGAUGAACUGAAGCCUGUGUCCAAAACUUUCAGUGAGUGGUUUGGCCUGGGUCUCACCCUGAUCGAUGCCUUGGAUACCAUGUGGAUUUUGGGUCUGAAGCAAGAAUUUAAGGAAGCCAGGAAAUGGGUGUCAGAGAAGUUAGACUUUGAGAAGAAUGUGGAUGUCAACCUGUUUGAGAGUACUAUCCGCAUCCUAGGGGGCCUGCUGAGUACCUACCACCUGUCGGGGGACAGCCUCUUCCUGAGCAAAGCUGAAGAUUUUGGAAACCGGCUAAUGCCUGCCUUCACUACACCCUCCAAGAUUCCAUUCUCUGAUGUGAACAUUGGCACUGGAUUUGCCCACUCACCCCAGUGGACUUCAGACAGCACGGUGGCAGAAGUGACGAGCAUUCAGUUGGAGUUCCGGGAGCUCUCCCGUCUUACUGGGAUUAAGAAAUUCCAGGAGGCCGUGGAGGACGUGACAAAGCACAUCCACUCCCUGUCUGGGAAGAAAGACGGGCUGGUGCCUAUGUUCAUCAACACGAACAGCGGCCUCUUCACCCACCCGAGAGUGUUCACCUUGGGUGCCAGGGCCGACAGCUACUACGAAUAUCUGCUGAAACAGUGGAUCCAGGGUGGCAAGAAGGAGACACAGUUGCUGGAAGACUAUGUUAAAGCCAUUGAGGGGAUAAAAGCACAUCUGCUUCGGAAGUCUCAGCCCAAAAAGCUCACCUUCGUGGGAGAACUUGCUCACGGCCGUUUCAGUGCGAAGAUGGACCACUUGGUGUGCUUCCUGCCAGGGACACUGGCUUUGGGCGUUCACCAUGGCCUGCCAGCUGACCACAUGGAUCUGGCUCGGGCACUCAUGGAGACCUGCUACCAGAUGAACCAGCAGAUGGAGACAGGUCUGAGCCCUGAGAUUGCACAUUUCAACAUGUACCCUCGGGCAGAUCAUAAAGAUGUGGAGGUCAAGCCAGCUGACAGGCACAACCUGCUGCGGCCAGAGACCGUGGAAAGCCUAUUCUAUCUGUACCGUGUCACAAAGGACCGCAAGUACCAGGACUGGGGCUGGGAAAUCCUGCAGAGCUUCAAUAAGUACACACGGGUCCCCUCAGGUGGCUAUUCUUCUAUCAACAACGUCCAGAAUCCCCACAAGCCUGAGCCCAGGGACAAGAUGGAGAGCUUCUUUGUGGGCGAGACGCUGAAGUACCUCUACCUGCUGUUUUCUGACGACCUGGAGCUGCUCAGUCUGGACACCUGUGUGUUCAACACAGAAGCCCACCCUCUACCCAUCUGGGCUCCUGCCUAGGAGGACAGCACCUGGCCUGGGCACUAUUGGAGGCCAAGGAGGUCCUGCUGGGUCUGUGACCUUCACAGGGCCCACAUAGUUUUGGGCAGCCGUCAGGUGUGAUGCUCCUGCCCAGGUGUAGGUCCCUGCCGUUUCAGCUUUUCAUGAAGGUGGUGGGAGGGGCAAGAGUCAGACCAGCAGGUAUGGGUUCUGGGAUUUAGGCUGGCAAGUCUACCAAGCCUUUGACUUCCUUGAAACCUCAUAUGGCUCCCGAUUCCCAUGCCUGAAUGACCCUGUUGGCUGGCUGCCGGCAGCCCCAUGGUAGUCCCAAGACUUCUUAUCACUGCCUGGGACCACCCAGGAAUCCAGUGCCUGUAUUGAGUUCAGACUGAUAGCCCAAGCCAGUGACAUGCUGGGCUUGGCCCGAUGGCCUGUGAAGGCCCUGACUCCUGAUUGACCCACAGGUCCACUGGGCCAGUGUGACCUUGAGGGUCCUUGUGGCUCUAGUGUUUACGGGUUGGACUCAGGGAUCCUCGUGGCUACCCUACUGGGCUGGCAGGGGAUGGAACAGUAAAUUUGUCUUAUUCCCAGGA